AUGCUGGAUAUCAAGUACGGAGAUCAGCAAGUACUACUGGGUAAUGAAUUGCGUAUUCAAGACACAGCUCAAGAGCCUAGUGUUACGGUGAUUCCCCAAGAGGAUGAUUAUACACUACUCAUGAUCGAUCCAGACACCAAGUCUUGUCACUGGGCCAUGUCGCCAGGGUCAUCGGAUCAACCUUUGCAAGCGUAUCAAAAACCUGAUUCACCUCAUCGAUAUGCAUUUCUAUUAUACAAGCAAACCGAACCCUUGGAUAAGCAAUCAUUCAAUGCACAACAAGUGAUGGAAAAUGAACCAUUGAAGGGUGUCAACUUUUUUACGGCAAAAGAGUAA